AUGGAUCACUUGUUGGUGCUGGUGCUGGUGCUGGUGCUGGUGCUGUGGGGCUCAGGACUCCAGGCUGAAGGAAAACUCAACUCAAAAGCUUGUUUGUUUUCAGAGCUUGUUAGGUUGUUGGGAGGAGACAGUCACUGUGCAGGAACACUGGAGCUGAAACAUGAAGGAGAAUGGAGACCAGUGGAUGACCCUCACUCUAAUUGGACCCUGAAAGAAGCAGCAUCUGCCUGCAGGGAGUUGGACUGUGGUUCUGCUGUUUCUGUAGAAAGGAGAGCGGAGUCCUCCUCAGUCAGAUCUGUGUGGAGGAUCAGAUCUGACUGUGUCCAGUCUGGAUCUGCUCUGAGGGACUGCGUAACAUCAGCUUCUUCUUCCUUUGUUAUGAAUCUCACCUGUUCAGACUCUGUCAGGCUGGUGAAUGGGAACAGUCUGUGCUCAGGCAGACUGAAGGUGAAGUCUGACCAGUCUACCCAGAGCUGGGCCUCAGUGUGUGAAGCUGACUUUGACCAGCAGGAUGCAGAGGUGGUCUGCAGGGAGCUUGGCUGUGGGGCUCCUUCAGUCCUCCAGGGGGCGCUCUAUGGUGAAGUGGAGACUCCAAUGUGGACCAAAGAGUUCCAGUGUGGAGGAAAUGAGACUGCUCUCCUGGACUGUAGAAGCUCAGGCUCAGAUAGAAACACCUGCUCACCUGGCAGAGCUGUUGGACUCACCUGCUCAGAGCCUGUCAGGUUGGUGGGAGGAGACACUCGCUGUGCAGGAACACUGGAGGUGAAACAUGAAGGAGAGUGGAGACCAGUGAGCAACGGUUAUGAAUCCUCUGGCUGGACCCUGAAGGAAGCAGCAGCUGCCUGCAGAAAGUUAGUCUGUGGUCCUGCUGUUUCUGUAAGACGGAGAAAGGCCUCGGACAGAUCUGUGUGGUGGAUCAGCUCUAAAUGUGUCCAGUCUGGAUCUACUCUGAAAAAUUGUGCAACAUCACGUAACUUUGAAUUUGUUCUGGAUCUCACCUGUUCAGCCGCACCUCGUUCCUCCAUGCAUAGACAGUGCAUCCGCGUUGACAUGGGGGCGGCCAGCCCGGUGGCGUAUCUCAAAGCCAUAAUCCUGAAGAACCUCCAGCCACCGAGCAAGCUGACCCUCCAGUUCUUCUAUAAGGGCAUGUGCGCAGUUCUCCCUCCAGUGGAACGCUUGUCCUUUCUGUGUCAGCCGGUGCAGUGGGCUGGCAAUGGUGGCGAAGUCUCUGAAGCAUCGCCAAUAGUAGAAGACCACUCCACUUUUUGCUUGAAUAACUGUUCAAUGUUUCUCUUUUCUUGUUUCUAUUUCUGCACAGGGCUCCAGGCUGAAGGAAAACAGAACCAAACAGAGCCUGUCAGGUUGGUGGGAGGAGACAGUCGCUGUGCAGGAACACUAGAGCUGAAACAUGAAGGAGAGUGGAGACCAGUGAGUGACCAAAACUUCAUCCCUGACUGGACCCAGAAGAGAGCAGCAGCUGCCUGCAGAGACCUGGACUGUGGCUCUGUUGUUUCUGUAGGAAUGAGAGUGGAGUCCUUACACAGAGAUAUGUGGGGGAUCAAACAUGCCUGUGUUCUGUCUGGAUCUGCUCUGAGGGAAUGUGCAUUAUCAACUUGCUCUUCCACCGCUGUGGAUCUCACCUGUUCAGACUCUGUCAGGCUGGUGAAUGGGACCAGUCUGUGCUCAGGCAGACUGGAUGUGAAGUUUGACCAGUCUAACCAGAGCUGGUCCUCAGUGUGUGAAGCUGACUUUGACCAGCAGGAUGCAGAGGUGGUCUGCAGGGAGCUUGGCUGUGGGGCUCCUUCAGUCCUCCAGGGGGCACUCUAUGGAGAAGUGGAGACUCCAAUGUGGACCAAAGAGUUCCUGUGUGGAGGAGAUGAGUCUGCUCUCCUGGACUGUAGAAGCUCAGGCUCAGAUAGAAACACCUGCUCACCUGGCAGAGCUGUUGGACUCACCUGCUCAGAGCCUGUCAGGUUGGUGGGAGGAGGCAGUCGCUGUGCAGGAACACUGGAGCUGAAACAUGAAAGAGAGUGGAGACCAAUUUAUGACUCUGCCUGGACCCUGAAGGACGUAGCAGCUGUCUGCAGAGAACUAGACUGUGGCUCUGCUGUUUCUGUAGAAAGGAGAGAGGAGUCCUCAGACAGAUCUGUGUGGAGGAUCAGAUCUGACUGUGUUCAGUCUGGAUCUGCUCUGAGGGAGUGUGCAUAUUCAUAUUUGUCUUCGUUUAUCCUGGAUCUCACCUGUUCAGGUGGCCCUUUGGAAAGGCAUAGAAACCCUCAGCAGACUCGUUUCAUGGAGCAGGGCUCCUCCCGGGGUUUGGACAGGUGCGGCAGGGGCUUCCCCGAUAUCAGGUGCAGGUCCAGCAAAGGUGCAGGUGUGCUGAUUAUAGGGCAGCAGAACCCCAGCAGCGAUGCGCAACCACUCGAGCUAGCUUUUUCCAUCACCCAGUCAGGGGGCCAUCAACUCCUGGCCCCUCCAGCUUCCCCCUCAGCAGUGAUGUCUAUUGGUGUUGAAUGCGCUGGAGAAGUCGAGGAACAUGACUGUCACAGCACUCCCGGGGUUCUCCAAGGUGCGAAGUCUUGGGGACCCCUCCAAACAGCAGGUUUUCCACAGGACAGGCACUCUCUCCAGACUGAGGCUCAGGUUGAAGAUGUGCAAGAGCACCUCACAGAACUGGUCUGCACAGUCCCUGAGCAGUCUGGAGCUAAUGCAAUCCAGACCCGUAGCCUGUGGAGUGGAGUUGGGUUGAUAGGUGUGAGGAGGGUACAUCUGAUGUUCCAGGGGAGGAAGAGGAGGAGAGACUCUGUCAGGCUGGUGGAUGGGAACUGUCUGUGCUCAGGCAGACUGGAGCUGAAGUCUGACCAGUCUAACCAGAGCUGGUCCUCAGUGUGUGAAGCUGACUUUGACCAGCAGGAUGCAGAGGUGGUCUGCAGGGAGCUUGGCUGUGGGGCUCCUUCAGCCCUCCAGGGGGCGCUCUAUGGAGAAGUGGAGACUCCAAUGUGGACCAAAGAGUUCCAGUGUGGAGGAAAUGAGUCUGCUCUCCUGGACUGUAGAAGCUCAGGCUCAGAUAGAAACACCUGCUCACCUGGCAGAGCUAUUGGACUCACCUGCUCAGGGCCUGUCAGGUUGGUGGGAGGAGACAGUCGCUGUGCAGGAACACUGGAGCUGAAACAUAAAGGAGAAUGGAGACCAGUGGAUGACUCUGCCUGGAUCCUGAAGACAGCAGCAGCUGCCUGCAGAGACAUGGACUGUGGCUCUGCUGUUUCUGUAAGAAAGAAAAAAGAGUCUUCAUACAGAUCUGUGUGGAGGAUAAGCUCUGACUGUGUCCAGUCUGGAUCUGCUCUGAGGGAUUGUGUAACACCAUGGUCUUCUUCCAAUAUUAUGAAUAUCACCUGUUCAGACUCUGUCAGGCUGGUGAAUGGGACCAGUCUGUGCUCAGGCAGACUGGAGGUGAAGUUUGACCAGUCUAACCAGAGCUGGUCCUCAGUGUGUGAAGCUGACUUUGACCAGCAGGAUGCAGAGGUGGUCUGCAGGGAGCUUGGCUGUGGGGCUCCUUCAGCCCUCCAGGGGGCGCUCUAUGGAGAAGUGGAGACUCCAUUGAGGACCAAAGAGUUCCAGUGUGGAGGAAAUGAGUCUGCUCUCCUGGACUGUAGAAGCUCAGGCUCAGAUAGAAACACCUGCUCACCUGGCAGAGCUAUUGGACUCACCUGCUCAGAGCCUGUCAGGUUGGUAGGAGGAGGCAGUCGCUGUGCAGGAACACUGGAGCUGAAAGGUGAAGGAGAGUGGAGACCAGUUUACGACUCUGCCUGGACCCUGAAGGACGUAGCAGCUGUCUGCAGAGACCUGAGCUGUGGUUCUGCUGUUUCUGUAAGAAAUAGAAAAGAGUCCUCAUACAGAUCUGUGUGGUGGAUCAGAUCUGACUGUGUCCAGUCUGGAUCUGCUCUGAGGGACUGUGCAUCUUUACUUUUCUUUCGGUCCAUCCUGGAUCUCACCUGUUCAGACCUGCUGCUUCAGCCCAACAUCUCUGCAUUCUCCUCCAUGGAUGGGGUCUCUGAGGCCAAGCAGCAGCAGCAGCAGCAGCAGGAGGAGUUUCGGGUUUUCAGAGGCUCUAACUUCACCAUCAGCUGCUCCAUCCAGCCACAGUACCCAGGAGGCUCCUUCCAGCUGACCUUCACCUCCUCCAACUCAGCACACAACUACACGCAGCCAGCUGUCAAUCACUCUGCUGACUUCCUGUUUCCUGCAGCAGAGCCCGCCCACCAAGGAAGCUACAGCUGUGUUUAUCACGUUUAUGUUUUUAAUCAUAACUUCUCGUCUGAGAGCCGUCUGCUGUCUGUCUUUAUCUCAGAUCCAACACCGUUUAUCAUCAGAGUGGUCGUCCUGCCACUAUCUCUGCUGGUGUCCAACACUGCCAUUUUCUUCUACUGUAAGGCCACCAGGGGGCAGAAGUCGAGCAGACGGGACAACACAGAGCUGGAUUACUACAACCUGGGCGUUCCUGCAGCUGACUGA